AAACAAACAAAACCCAAAUCUCAAUUAUUCUUAAAACCAAAAAAAAAAAAACCAAUUUGUAAGACAUGAAGUUUACAACAUUGACACUGCUCGUGCUGGUGACAGUAAUCCAAUUGUCUCCAACUUUGAUCAGAGCCACAAUGGUUGAAGGUCCGACCGGAGAUGUGACAUGCAAUCCAAUGGAUGUUAUUGUACCAUGUUUGCUACCGUUGACCAACUCUAAAAUUCUACCGACUCCACAUUGCUGUCAAGUAAUGGUAGAACACCAAACGUGUUUGUGUCAAUUCAUAAAAGGCGUGUGGUACGUACAAGCACUUUUUAAUUCUCCAAAUGGUCAAAAAACUUGCAAAGCUUGUAAUAUUCCUUUUCCUACUUGUUGAUCCUCAGGAUAUUUGUAAAAUUAUUAUUAUUUUUUUAAUAAUUAAUGACUGAGUUUAUUA